AUGACCCAAGUUCACUCUCAAAAUGACACCGACUUUGUGCUAAGUGCCACUACUCAUUCUUUAAGCCAUAUUUCAAAUAUUUUAAGCUCUUUAACUGCCAUCUCAUCACAAGUUUUGGUGACAAUAGAUCAAGAUGGGCUGAAUUUCAUAACAGAGUAUUCUCAUAUAUGUCGAGCUGAAAUCACAUUGGAGAAAAGUCUAUUCACAACUUAUCAAUACAAUCCAAGUAGGCCUAAUGUAACUAGAAGGGAAGAUUCAGAUACAGAAGAGUCAGAUCUUGAUGAACAAGAAAAGGAUAAAUUUGCUGUGGAUUUAGUUCCAAUAGUGGAAAGUUUAAGUCUUGCAUCUAAAAAUAACAACAAUGGUAAUAAUUUCACUGCUGCUGCUUAUGGUAAUUCAUCAACUGAUUGUACAGUUUUCUAUAAAGGUUCGGGAUAUCCAUUUAUUUUAAUAUUUGAAGAUAAUAAAAUGAUUGAAAGAUGUGAAUUUUCAACUUUCAUUAACUUGGAAUUAGAGGCAAAUAAUCUUGGUUUUGAAUUAAAUCAAAGAAACUUAUUAAUUGAAGGUAUAAUUAAAGCUGAUGUCUUGUAUGACGCAUUAAAAGAUUUAAAAGAUAUAGGUGCAGAAGAAAUUUAUAUCUAUGGUUCAAAUAAAAAUCAUAAAACUAAAUUUGCGAUCAUUUCAAAAAGUGAUGUCGGUCAUUCAACUUUAUAUUUACCAAAUGAAAGAUCAAUUUUGGAAAAAUUAAUUGUGACAACAAAGAAUAAGGUUGAUAUAAGUUGCUAUAAAUUUGCAAUUUUCAACAAAUUCCUCAAAUCAAUCAAAUUAUCAAAUAAAUGUAAAUUUAAAAGAGAUGAGAAUAUACUAAGUUUGAAUUUAUUAAGUUUACAUGGUUUUGAUUUACCAAAAAAUUAUACAGGAACAGUUAUUGAUUUCAAAAUUUUACAAUUAAGUGAUAAAGAUGAACAAUUUGAACAUCUAAUAUCUGAUGAUGAAGAAGAAGAAAUAGAGCAAGAAGAAUCACAACAUUAUCAAUUACCUCCAACUAAUAAUAACGAUUAUCAAACUUAUAUUGAUCAAGAAGAGGAAGAAAAUGGUGGUAUCGAUGUUCCAAUUUUCCUAUGA